UGCGGGCACAUCAAAGGGGGCAUGAGGCCGGGGAAGAAGAUCCUGGUGAUGGGCAUCGUGGACCUCAACCCCGAGAGCUUCGGCAUCAGCCUGACCUGCGGGGAGUCGGAGGAUCCUCCUGCAGACGUGGCCAUUGAACUGAAAGCGGUGUUUACCGACAGGCAGUUUGUCAGAAACUCCUGCGUGGCCGGAGAAUGGGGGGAAGAGCAAUCGUCUAUUCCUUACUUUCCGUUUAUACCGGACCAGCCCUUCCGGGUUGAGAUACUUUGUGAGCAUCCCCGUUUUAGAAUAUUUGUGGAUGGACAUCAGCUCUUUGAUUUUUACCAUCGUAUUGAAACACUGUCAGCAAUUGACACAAUAAAGAUAAAUGGAGAUCUUCAGCUUACAAAACUUGGCUGACCUUGUUAGAACUGUAGAAUCCAAAGCGGCUCAGGUGCCAUCAUCUGUUUGGAGAAGUGACAGCCGGCUCUGGAGACAACUAUAGUAGGAAGGCUGCCCCGUUCCUUUCCCCGUGUGCAGUCCUUUCCUCAUAUGCCAAUGAACUGGGCUGUUGUUUAUCCUAAUGAAGAACGUUAUUGGUUAAUAGACACUGAGCCAUUUUUCUUGGAUCAAAAUAGCUCACUUGUGCUGGAUAAUCAAAUUGGAAUGGAUUCAGAAAGACUUGCAGUCUUUUUUUUUUUAAAUCUCACAGAAAGGCAAUUUCUGAAACGCAGUGGUAAAACCAGUUACUGAAGAGCAGCAACAACAAAAAAGAUUUCUUUUGCAAAUACUGUUUCUGCACUGAAGUGGAGUAGUGUAGCACAACACAGGGUCACAUGCUGAGGUCCUCAGGAGCCUGGUUCCAUGGAAAUCGGUGACAAAACUCCCAUUCACUUUAAUGGGGUACAAUCAAACUGUCUAGUCCUUAGUCGAGCACAAUUCCCAUUGAUGUCUGUGGGAUUUUUGCACAUACCUGGGGGCCAGCUCUUCUGCUGGUGUAAAUCAGCUUGCCUGCAUUGUUUGCAGUGGAAUUUCACUGAUCGCUCCCACCUGCUGAUUUGGCCCAAGGACCAUGCAAAAACUGAAUGAGGGUGUCAGGACACAGCCUGUAUAUUUUAGUCAGGGUAUUUGCAUAGAAUGUAGAUCGUUACAAGUUUUUGCACAAUGUAUUGUUAAUACGAUUUUUAAAGCUUAUCUGUAGUUUAUUUAUUUAUACUCAUUGUAUGUAUUAUUAGUAAAAAUGAACAAUAUUACUGGUCGUUAAGAACAGCAAAGUGUAAACAUUUUGAAUGUACAAAAUGUCUUAGGUUCUUUGGGUAAACUUAACAUAUCAUUCUUGAAAAAAUCAUGUUUCCUGUUGAACAUUUAGUUACAUUUUAAUGAAGCCCUCUAGGCCCUGGGAAAGUGUGGGAGUGGUAGUUGGUGGGGGUUGGGGGGAACUCUUUGCAUAUUCACUAGAAACUGUUUUUCAGGGCUUUCUAACUUUGCUGCACAGGAUAGGUUUGAAUUAAGGUCAGUCUGUUUUUAAAACUUAAAUAGCAAAUUUGUAGGUUUAGCUGUGCUUUUAUAACUCAAGAAAAAUUUUAAAUUUGGCAGUCUCUUAGUUCAGCAACCAGCCUCUUUCCAGAGGAGACGGGAGAUUUUCUGCAUUUAUUUAAGAACAUAUUCGGCCUUUGAUAUGACAAUUAAAACUUGUCUAGACAGCCAAGUUAUUAAUGCUUGAAAAUCAGCUACUGCACAUGAAUAAUAACUUUUAAAGCAGCUUUUUAAAUAGUAGGUAGAGCUGUACAAACACAGUAAUUGUGCUACACUAUAAAUGAACACAAUCACUUUUUUUGACUUCUUUAGGACUACGCUUUUUCCUUGGCUGCUCACAACAGACUAUAGCAGGUCUUUCUGAGUAGUUAUGAUAUAAAUGUAUACUUAGGCAAUUUUGAAACCAUGUAAGACAGGGACUUUCUCAGACACAGAAUACAAACAUGAUUUUUGUAGCACAGUAUUAAAAACAAACAAACAAAAAAAAAACACAGAGAAGAACCUCACAAAUAGAACUAUGUUAAGCUUGCAAUAAAGAUGUGGUUUAAGGCAACCAGAACUGGAAUAUCCGAAGUUAAGGAUAGAAUGCCAGUUGCAAAGCCUCAUUUUGUGCUAAUUUGGCCUGCAGUUAAGAAGCCUUAGACUGCAAGCUGAAAUUCCGACUGUGGCUCCAGUCCAAAGCCUGUUGAGGUCAAUCAGAGUCCUCUGAGCACAAAGGCAUAAAGGCCUGAUUCUUAUUUCACACAAGCAUAAAUCUCUUUGUAAAGCCAAUGGGGUGCUGCUGGUGUGAAUGAAUUGAGAAUAAGGCUGCCACCUACAUAAUAAAAGUUAAAACCAGAAGUUUUAGCCUUAACGUUGAAGUUCCCUGACUUUUUUUUUCUUUUUCCAAAUUAAGCCAGAGUCUGUUAUUUUUCAGAUGAUCUUUUUAUGUGGUGUGUGGCUUUAAGAUUUACAUCAGACUCUGCACUAGAUUGAAUCUCGAUAUGAAAUGUCUUGCUCUGUUUUUAUUCUUUUACAUGAUACAUGAUGACUGCAUCAUUUUCCAUUGUAUAAAGAAUGUUGACAGUGUUUUGGUACAAAAUAUAUUCUUUAAAAAUAAUAAUAAUGAUAAUAAUAAUAAUAAUAAAAAUCCAAGGGAAAGGUGCUUCUACAUGAGCUGUUUGGAUUUUUCUCCAGCUUUGAAAAGUCUGUAGCUCUAAAGCAGAUGCAGGUAGAAGAUGAAAUUCUGUUUGGAGAGAUAUUUAGCACCCACCUUGCUUAGUGUUUUCUCCAACUACAUAGUUGUAAAGUCGGGUCUCCUGAUGCGGUGCCAUUGCCUGAGGUCCCCCUGAUAGUUCGGUGGGCCAUAAAUACCAGACUGGAGAGAACAGCACCGUGACCCUAUGACAGCGCAAAACCAAAAGAGAUCUUCCUGGUAGCACAAAGCCAAUUAGGGAUUUCCCCUCCAUACCUUUUGCUGUAGCCCAGAACAAGGGAUUUGGCUGAAUUGUAUUUCCUGCCCCUUAGGAUUCCUGGUAGCUGAGGCAGGCUGGGGCACCCUCCAACCUUUCUUAUCCUGCACGGGCUCGGCACAGCACAGUGGACAGGCAAGGGGUGCCAAGAUGAGCUCUCAGCACCAUUGUGCCAGUGGCAUCUCCAUCGGGAACGAGGACCCCAGGAUACUGCCUGCUGUGCUGUGCACUCCAGUGCGUUCCUGCUCCAGUAGUUGUCUGUCUUGAGUAAGUGCUUUUUUGAGCCUCACUCAGGUUUUACCUUUGCGUAUCUCUACCGAGAGCAGUGCCCGCCACCUGAUUCUGCCUGCUGUGCUUUCCAAGCUGGGCUUAGAGGUGGAAAGGGCUGGGAACCCACUUCUAAUGUAUUGUGGUUUGGCUGAGCACUCAGAAAAGGGCAGAAAAAUCACAGUUUAGGGUGUCCACGUCCAGUUGUCUGUGCAAAAAAACUUCAGAAGCCUUUUUGUUUUUCUUUUGCUCUUGGGUAGUACCAGGCUAUGGCAGGUGAAGGAAGGAUGAGGUCUGUAUGUAACCAAGGGCUGCUCCAUGCAUGCUCGGUUUACGUUGGCUAGCAGCAGAAGCUACCACCGAACGCUUUUACACACAGUGUAAGUCAGAGGACACCCAGGCCUUAAAAGUUCAGUUACACUUAGAGCCAAAUGCAAAUGCCUAAGAAUUUAAGAUGGGAGACUGUGCUGCAAAAUUUGUAUCUGAAUUCUUUAGUCUCCAGAAUUGAGGGAUUAUUCAGACCUUCAUUUUGGGAUAUAAGCCCUACCAGAGUUGAAAUCAGACUGUUUCCAAAUUGGGCCAGAUUUUCAACAUGCUCUGCUCCCAGUAGCUUGUAUUGUUUUCAGCAGGGACAGACAGUCUGUGAGCUUCUUGGAAGCUUUGAUUCUUCAGGAACAAGGGAAUGCACAAACUGACUUUGGAAAUCUCUGGCUAGAAUCUGUUAGCUGAAUAUCUCCUUUGUUUCCUGUGAAUCAGGAAAUUAAUCUUGAAAUGAAGGAAGCCUUGAAUGGGUAAAAACCAUGUAGAGUGAAAUCCCUCUGUUUAGCAUAGCUUUAUUUUUUUUCUGAAAAAGUGAAAACAACCAAAAAACCCUGCCCCCAAAUUACUCGGUUAUGUUUAGAAUUGGCUGUGAUAAAGCGAUAUAAUUUAUUUUUUUAAAAACCUAAGUUUAUUGCCUACUCAGAAGGAGCCUUGAACUACUUCGGUAUUGUGUGAGAUAGUCUUUGUCUAAACAUAUUUCACAGAAAUGCUUUUUCACAGCCAAGUUGUUAAAAAUGUUACGCAAUACCUUCCUUUUGUGUCACAAUUAGAAAUGUUUGCCCCACCUUGAAAGAACAUUUUGUACUAAAUAUUCAUAUGUUGUCUAUGUGAAUUUGCACUGACAUAUAUUAUAUUCUCUCUCCUCUCCUUGACUAGCUUGAGAAGAAAUAGGCAUAAUAUUGCUAAACCGGUUGAAUGUAACAUCUGCUUGAGGCAUAGCAUCUUUCUCGAGGGUUGUUUUGAGUAAAUUGUUCAGCCUGAGAACCAAAGAGAGAGCCUGAUUCACCGUUCUGCUCUGCCAGUUUCCCACCCCUGUCAUGCUCCUGAAGCGAGGCUGAGAGUAAAGCCUAGAGAUUUUAACGUGUGGGAGCAGCAUUGUGAUUUUAUCUUCCAGGAUUUAAAGCUAGUCACCAGGGAGGAAAUGGCAAUGAAGUGGCCACAGUACUCCCAAGCUUGCUAGUAGCAUUGUGGUAGCGUAAUGUAGUAUAGUCCUAAUGGAGCGUGAGUUCAGAGGAGAGGUAGUGGGCAUUUCGGAGCCAGCCAAGAGCCCGGGCUUUGGAUGGGGUGACAGUUUCCCAAGGAUGUGCAUUUGACAUACCAUUAGCUGCCGCCUUCUGCAACCCCAUAUCAAAACAUACUGCAAAGAACAGCAUGGCCGAGUUUGGAAGGUAUGAACUGGCGCUAUGUUCUUACCUUCCUUCUUUGAAAGAGGGUCCUAAAUAAAUAAUAGGAAAAUUUAGGGGUAGCCAUGCCACUAAGAUAUCAUCUCCUGCAGACACUCAAGCAGUGUGUUGGGCAGAGGCUCGUCCUGCCUCCAUGAGAGGUGCUCCCUGCAGAAAUCCCCAGCGCUGCUGUCAUCGCUGAGGUUGGCUUUUACACAGAAAACUGCAGAACUGCAAUUCUGUUAAGCCUGUUGGCAGCCGCUCUAAGCAGCCUCCCUGGCACCCACAGAACUGAUAUGACAGUAUGUGGAUGAGCAUCAGGCUGAGGGCCGCCCUAAAUGCUUAUUUGCAUAAGCAUAGGAGUUAGGAGGAAAAGCUUUUUUUACAUCCACACAAGUCUACUAAGAGCUAGUGACCUGAGCAGGUGUUUGUAAUUGCGAGUUUUGUUCCGAGUUUCUCCUGUGGGUCAGAAAGCUUACCGGUACAGGUCACUUUGCAAUGAAUGGCGUGCAGGGUCAGAACUAGAGUCAGCCCAAACAGGGAGAAGAAAUGAGCUGCAGACGCUUUAUCUGGCUUUGAUACACCCUCCCAGCUCCUCCCGGCAAUCACUGCUGUUAAGAACAUGCACAAUUACUAUAACCAGGAGAUUCAGCAGCAUGUGCAACAUCAAAAUAAUAAACUGACACUUUGCCACAGGUCCUCCCUAGCUUCUGUUGCUGGGCUAUUGGAUCCAUCUGUCAACAAAUAGCUACAUCAGGCUGCUUGUAAAGACCACAGCAAAACUCCCAUUGACUUCAAUGGAAAUGGGUCCACAGGAAAAAGGAGUAUUUCCAGCCCUCACUUUCCAGUCCAUAUUUUCAGCUGGGAUAUAUUUGAAAGUGUGUCUAUUCAUUCUCCUGGGCUUAUUUUUAAGUAUGAAUAGAGGAAUAUUUCUGUCUGCAUUAUCUGAGUAGAGUCAACAGAAAGUACAGCCUCUCCUUGUUGCAGUAACAGUGGUUUCGCAGUUAGCCGAUGAAAUGUUUUAUGUUUGUUACCUUCUGAUUUUAAAAAGUGAGGGUGUGCACGAAAUGAUCUGGCAAUAAUAAUAACAAUAAUAGGUAUCAUUCACCACAGAUCUAUUUUUAUGUGUUGUGCCAAUUUGAUAAUGAACUUUUAAUAACAAUAAAAUGUGAAAUCUUCA